AUUCUGACCUGGCCCGUGCGUCGAGUCGGCAGCAGGCGCCUCGAGUCUCUCGUCAGAAGAGCACGUGAGCUCCACGAGCUGUUUCUCCCCACUCGUUCGAAUCCCCUCAGCUCGAAAGCUGGUGACUACUCUCACGCUCAAUUAGCUCUUCUGCCUUACACAGAAAACUAUUUCUUUCAUUCAACAAGGGCAGAGCGUGCAGAUCCUCAUCGGAAACGAGAAAAAACUUUCCGAAAAAACGGGCCGAAUUUUUGAAUCUGUUUGAUUUCGAGCUUUUCGGUUACACGUUUUACAAAUACCGAAUUCGAACUUGUCGUUUGCUCGUUACCGUCUGGCCAAUUUCGAGACGUUGACAAGAAAGUGGAGGGUCAAGUAGUUUCUAUUUUCGGUUUUGUCACUCGUGCAAGUGCGUAUUGACGUCGGUGUGUGAGCGCGUGUCUGUGCCAGUGGUUGUCGUGUGUUUAAAAGAAAAGAGUCUUCCAAUUGGAUGGCGACCGGUUUUGGCGAAAACUGGAAACAUCUUUGACCUCGAAUAUAAACCCGCUUUUCAAGAUCAGAUCCACAUGCGAACAGAAAGCGAAACUCUUAAAAAUUUAUUCCACCAAUUUGCAACGCUCCGUACGUCGUCUAAUAACUACAAAUGAUGACGACUGAUGCAUGGCUCAUGUCCCACUCAACUGGCGAACAUCUGCGCUGCUGACAAAGCUACGCCAUCCGAAAUUUUGAAUCCCUUUGCAAAAAUAAAAAUCUUCCAGUCACGCCAGCUGACCGUUGACCUUCAUCCUCAUUGCCAUUUUCAGACGCAAUCAUCAAGCGAAUAACACAAAUUGGAUACGAGUUUCUUUACGGCUUGAUAGUCGGAAUUACUGGAUGCCAUUUUCACAUAACACGGACAAAGAUGAUUAACAGCGAUUGAAUCAAACGUCAGAUUGGCCCGAUAAAAUCAGCGUUCAGAUACGAUUAGCAACGUCAUGGAUUCGCGAAUCGGACUCGACUACAUCGUCGAGAACCGCGAGUACGUCGCCAAAUUGGCCUCGGCUCUCGACACGGCCAACACGACCGUCAAGAAGCAAGUCUUUGAGCUCCUCUCGGCCCUCUGCGUCUACAACGCCGAUGGAUAUUCGCGCACGCUCGAUGCUCUCGAGCACUUCAAGAACCUCAAAGGGGACCGUUACCGUUUCGCGGUCGUCGUGCGAGAAUUGCGCGAUGCGCCGACAGUCGAGUACAAGACGGCGCUGGUGGCCUUCAUCAAUUGCAUCAUCAUUUCGACUCCGCAGCUCAAGGACCGGCUCCGCAUCCGCAACGAGUUCGUCGGCCUCAAACUCUUGGCCACGCUCAACGAACUCAAAACGGAGGCCUCGUCCGACACCGACCUGGCCGUCCAGAUUGACGUCUUUGACGAACAGCGCGAGUCGGACGAAUCUCAAUUGCAAGGUCCUGAUGGGGUGGAUUUGAGUUCUCACCUGGACGUCUUCCACGCCAUCCUGCGCCAAGUGGUCGACACUCCGCAGGAGAUACCCUUCCUGUCGAUCCUCCAACAUUUGCUGAGGGUCGACCCCAAGGAGGCCGUCUCCGACGUCGUCUGGGACACGGCCGAGACGCUGGUCCAUCGAGCCACUCUGAUGGAAUCGAAAGAAGAGCUGGCCCGGCUAUUGCGCAGUCCGUCCCACGCCAAGAUGUCGCAUCGAGACGAGCCGGGCAGUGGUAGCAAGUCACGCAAACAAUCGCUCAACCUGACCUUAUCACCGGCCGGAGAUGGAAGCCGAACGCCCGCUGGACUGCUGUCUCCUUCAAAUGGGCCGCCAGGUCCCCCACCUCCACCGCCUCCACCACCGCCUCCAGGAGGAAUUCCGCAUCCACCACCUCCACCUCCUCCGGGUGGUGGACCGCCACCCCCACCACCGCCACCUCUCUUGCCGGGUUCGGGAGGACCUCCUCCGCCACCACCUCCAGGUAUGGGCGGUAUGACUCCACCUCCACCAGCUGCUCCGGCUGCCCAUCCGGAUUUGAAAAACCUGCGCUUGCCACAACUGGAAAUCCCGCGACCCAAAGCCAAAAUGAAGACGCUCAACUGGGUCAAGUUGCCGGACAUUAAGAUUUUCAGCCGUUCCAACAUUUGGACGAUUGUGGCCAAAUCGCAUCAGAAAUCGCCCAUGGCCGACUUGGACUGGGCGGAGAUGGAAGGCCUUUUCUGCCAGCAACCGGCACCUGGAACGCAGUCAUCAUCGGGUGGAGUCAAAGGAGCUGGCCAGGUGAACGGAACGCCCAACGGUAGCGUCCUGGGCACUCCCAACACGCCGGACACGGAGCGGAGGAGGAAAGAGACGCAAGAAGUUUCGCUCCUGGACGGCAAACGCAGCCUCAACAUCAACAUCUUCCUGAAGCAAUUCCGUUCCAGCAACGCCGAGAUCGCGCAAAUGAUCCGCGACGGAGAGCACGACGUCAUCGGGACCGAGAAACUGCGCGGCCUCCUCAAGAUCCUGCCGCCCACCGACGAGGUGGAAAUGCUGCGCGCUUACGACGGCGAUCGCAAUCGAUUGGGCAACGCUGAGAAGUUCUUGUUGCUUCAUUUGAUGACCAUCCCCAACUAUCGCCUGCGCAUUGAAUCCAUGUUACUCAAGGAAGAGUUCACGUCCCAAAUUAAUUACUUGGGACCGAGCAUCGAGGCCAUGAUCAUGGCCGGCGACAAGCUCAAGUGCAACGUCCACCUGCAGGACAUCCUCUACAUGGUCGUCGUCGCCGGAAACUUCCUCAAUUCGGGCGGAUACGCCGGGAACGCGGCCGGAGUCAAACUGGCCUCGCUCCAGAAAUUGGCCGACAUCCGGGCCAACAAGCCGGGCAUGAACCUGAUCCACUUUGUGGCCCUUCAGGCCGAAAAGAAGGACAAGGAGCUGCUGAAAAUGCCGGAGCAGAUGAGCGUGUUAGAAGACGCCACCAAGACGACCGUCGAGCAACUGCGCAACGAAGUCAACGCGCUGGACGCCCGCAUCAAGACCAUCGCCACCCAAAUCGACGCGCCCAACACGCCCCCUGAUAUCAAAACUCAAAUGGACGAGUUCCUCCGCAUUGCCAAAGACGAGAUGGAGGAUCUCCAAAAGGAUUUAUUGGGGCUGGAUGAAGUGAGGGUCCAAUUGGCCGACUUUUUCUGCGAGGAUCGCGAUUCGUUCAAACUGGAGGAAUGUUUCAAACUCUUCUUGAAUUUCUGUCAACGUUUCAGGACGGGCAUUUUAGAAAACGAACAUCGACGUCAACACGAAGCUGCGGCUGAGAAUCGCCGCAGGCAGCGUGAAGAACAACUGGCAUUGAAACGCCGUCAAAGCGCCGGUGGACAACAAGGUAGCACAGGAGGCAACGAAUCCGACAAUGUCAUGGAUUCUCUUUUGCUGGACAUUCGUAAUGGCUUCCCUAUGCGCGACAAGAUACGCAAGGGGAAGAAGGCAUCGCUUGAACCGUCCGGCGAAGAUGAUAACGCGUCGCCAUUGGUGAUGGCCGUGGCCAGCUCUCCGCGCGUCAGCCGUAAAAGACUGGGAUCCAACACGGUCGUCAACGUGCCAAACAACAACGACACGAACAAAGAUGAUAAUCUCCUCGAGGAUCUGACGCCCAACGGGAGUCUUCGUCGACGUCGAAGCCGCGUCCCAUCGGAAGAAGACGACACGCUGAUGGAUUAUCUGCGGACAUCAGGUCACGCCGACGGGUCCCGCGAACGCAAAUCAACUGGCAACAUACCCGAUGGAUACGGAUCGCUGGAUCGUUCUUGGUAUCGUAACCGGACGCGGGGCAGCGGCGGAGCCGGCCAAAAGAAACGGGCAGAUCUGAUGAGCGCUGAUUUUACGGGAGGCGGUGGAACAUUGGCUCCAUCACCGUUGGCUGCGCCUCCACCUGUUCAGGACACGAACAAUUCCAGCACGCUGGAACCGCUACCAGAGGCGAGCCUAAUCGAAAGUCGGAGGUCGCCUCGGCGAGAAUGGAAGCCGCCGCUGGAGAACACGGACGUGGUCGGCGUCAUGGAAGCCAUCGAAGAUGCUUCGACUCGAGAUAAGCCUGUUUGGCAACGAAAAUCUGCAUUGAUUGGCACGCCCAACAGUACGGCUGAUAAUGCACUGGAUAGCCACAAUCGCUUCCGCCGGACGCGUUCACGACUCCAACCGGACGAACUUGAUCGACCGGCAGUGAUCACUCCGACAACUCCGGUAGUUCAUCCAACACCACAGGCUCAGCCAGAAAGCGAGGUGGAGAGGAGAAAGGCCAUGAUAGGAUCGUUGGGUCGACAACAAACCGAAGAUAAGCUGACCAUCUACAUCAAACAGGAUAGCGAGCCGCACAUCAAAGAAAUGCUUCCCACAUUGAUCGAGCAAAGCCCGGACAUCUGUAGAAGACGAAGCGAUCAAGGAUUACAAACUCCGGUUGAAGGAUCUGGAACAGCUUCACGUUUGCUGAACCGCUAUCGCCAACAGACGCCACUGGACGUGCCCAACGAUCUGUUGCGUACCAUCGAAGAGGUGGAUCGCACCAAGAGUCCCCUCGAAUCAGGAGAGGCGUACGACCGAUCGCCAGGUCCUCUCAUUAACAGCACUCCGCCUGCCCCGAUCCUAUCAGCCACGGAACGAGAGAAGAAACGCUACCAGCGCACAAUGACUCCCAAUACGCUGCGGUCGAAAUUGCAGGAGAAACUGAUCAACACGUUCGAUACUAACGAGUUGGCUGGAACAAUUGCGUCCAUUCAAAUAACUCCGGAGAAGAAGGCGAACGAGAAGAACAUUUCUUCAUCGAAAUCAGCGCUAGAUGGGGACUCUAGUGGGACUGGCGAGAGUGAAACUUCGCUUCCGCCCAUUCAGCCGGGACCGCGGAAGCCUCGACGCUUGUCCCGUGGAGGCCUCAACGGCGAAGAUGGGCCGACGGACAAGAUCGACAUCGAUUCGGAGAACAUCGAAACGCCUCCAGUGACCCGAAGAGCCUACGGAUCGCGUCCGUUUGUCACAAGCUCUGGCACAACAUCCGCACCGACUGGAACGACAGAAGUGUCCGGAUCUCCCGCGUCCGGCACGCCAUCGUCUCAGAACGGACGUAUGUCUUUGAAAACCGAAGACGAUGAAUUGGGUGACGGACGUUUCGAUCGCUUCUCAUCUACUCGACGCACUCGACGCUUGCGGAAAGCUCCGGAAGGCGCCGAAGAGGACGCUUCCAGUCUGGAACCUCGCAAAUCACCCGAAGGUGUCGAAGAUCCUGAAGACCUUUUACAAACGGACGUUAUCGUCGGCAUGGAAGUCAAAAAGGAAGGAGAGGUGAGCACGGUGGAGGUGACUCGUCGGAUGAGCGAGGAACGCGACCUGCAGCCUCACGGGAACAACAGCAACCACGGGAUGGCCAUGAGCGCCGACGAUAAGGAACGGCGUUUGCAGCGAUGGAAGGACAAGUUGGCACCGCGCGACGAGUCCGAAACGGCCGUUAUGACGGCCAGUGGUGCCAGCGCCAUCAAGGUCCGUCGCGAUCGACCCUCUCGCACCAACGAAGCCGAACCGCAGCAACAAUCAGGCCAGCAAGAGCCACUUCGAUCAUUCAGCGAACCAGUGGCAACGUCAUCACCAGAGGACAACUGGCGCACUCGGCUCGCCAGACAAUUCCGGCCGGCGGAGAAACUUGACUCCUCGUUGGUCAAAGAAGACGAUCCGUCCACGCUGCGAGCUAAAUCCAGAUCGAGAUCUACCAGCCCACUGAAGGAUGAAACGCAAGGCUCUCGUCUGGCGUUAUCACAACUGCGGGAAUCGCCGCCAAGGAAAACGGACUCGGUGUUCUCCAGGUUGGCACAGGGUUCCGGCAUGCGUGGAAACAGCAGCACCACAGCCAGCCGGUCGUCUAGCGAUGCCCAGCAAAAGCCGAGACGCAGCUUGUUUGGAGAUUCCACGCGGGACAGUUUCACGAAAACGCUGACGAAAAAAUUCGAAAGUCCCGCCAAACGCACGGAUGAAAAUGGCACCAGUUCGCUGAAGCGCUCGUCAUCCAUUCGGACGGCCGAUCGCCCGCGUUCGACGUUCUUCUCUCCGAUCAGCGAACCGCCGGCACCGGAGAGAGAAAGGACGAUGACGUUGGGCCGUUCGUCCAGCUUCCGGGUUGGAAAUCGGACGCCCGGUGCCGGAUCAGCCACACCGUCGAGCACGCCGAGUGCAGCGGAUAAGAAAACAGCGUCGGGCUACACGUCGACUCUGAUGAAUUGGCGCCCCUUCCGCAAGAGCCGCGAUGAGAACGCCGAUCCGGAGCCUUCCAGCCGGAAGUCGUCGAUGAACUCUACUGGAACCAGCCGACCGAUUGGAGCCAGCACGAGAUCUUCUAAUUUGGGCACCAGCAACACCAGCUUGAAACGGUCCACCUCUUCCGUCGCAUCAUUAACACCCCAUCGGAGCGGUAGUUAUAUGCCCGGUGGUAUGUCGUCCAACAGCACUUUAUCCAGCGCCCAAAGGAACGGCCCGUCAAGUACAUCCUUGAUGCGAUCCGGCUCGGUCAGAACGGCAGCUGGCCCGGUAAACGGCCGGACAACAUCAUUCCUCAAAGUGGCAGUUCCAAGUUCUCCCGCUCCGGUCCGUCGCAGCACGGGGUCCAGCUUCAUGCGACCGACCGCGUCGAGCGUGGCCAAGGAUAAAGACAUGCUCAGUCCCGUUCUGGUCAAGAGCAGCAUCCGCCCGUCCGCCACAACCUCCGUCGCUCAACGUCCCAAAAUGCUCUGAGCUCCUCCCCCAUCUUCCAUUUAAUUUAUUUUAUUUUUUUUUUUUUGCUGACAUUGUUCAUUAUUCAUUCACCGUUGCUUUUUUUUUCCGGCUUAUCUGCCUUCCUCUCGCAACACACACACAAAAAAACCCAGCACACUUAAAAAAAAAAAAAAAGGAUUUUUUUUGUUACCCCAGCUAUGCGCUAAACAAGCCAGAACAAUUUCGUUUUUAUCUAUUGUCCCUUUUUGUUUUUUGGAGUCCCGUAUGAAAGUGGAACGCAGAAAAAAGGGGGGAAUGAUAAGCGAAAGACUUUAAACACAACGCCAGUGAAUAUCUAUUUAUACCAAAAGUUCAUUUGCCUGCAUCAAAAAAAAAAGAAAUGAUGACGUCCAUGCCUUUCUUGAGAAACAAAACAUUAUCGGUGAUAUUCUUCUUCAUUUAAUUUGCAUAUAUGCAUCAUGCCUUAUUCAAAGCUCUCUCUCUCUCCCUUUUUUAAUGUGUCUCCCCUGUCACUUAAUUUUUUUUUUUAAAUCUCUUGGUCGAUUUAUAAUUAACUGUGCCUUCUAAUCUUUUUCUCUACCUCUGAACUCCUUUGACAUUUUUCUUGUUCAAAAAAUAAUCCCAGGGCCUGACCGUACAUAUAUUAUAUAUUUUUUACAAACUCCCUCCCUCCAUUUUUUUUUCUAAAAAAAAAAAAAAAAAAAUCUGUUGUUUUGCUUGCCCGCCACAUCAAAUGGGAAAUGAUUCUUCGCCGUAUGUUGGUAAAGGUAACAUAACCCGCAAAAAGGUGCCAAUUUUGAUCGCGUAAUUUGUACAAGGAUCACGAUGGCGUUGUCCCUCCCACGUCCGUUAUUUGUUUUUAAACUGAAAACAAUAACAUUAUUUACGACAUGAAAUAUUUUUUAAAACAUUCAUCAUGCCAACAAAGACGAAAACAAAAAAAAAAUGGGGAAACAUAAUUUACCUGGAUUGGGGGACCAAUGCCUAAUUUUUUUUAAAUAUGAAAAAUCACGUGGUGUAAUAAUAAUCUCUUCAAUUUUUUUUAUUGUGUAAAAAAAAAAUACUUUUGUUUUUAACCAUUGGUGUUGAUUGGAAACGAAAAGAAAUACAUAUACUCAUUCCCGCUUGUAAAGAAA